AUGGAGGUUCCUGAUGGUUCCAGUAUCCGAGUGGAGCUUGCUGAUCUUGCCAGCAGCCGCGUUACUGGCUUCCAGGAGACAAGUCUCACCCCGCUGCCCGUCAACGUUAACAUAACUGAUGCAGAGAUCUUGCUUGGUCUCGCAUUCAUUCCUGCCAUUCCGAUCGGCUUCGAUUUCCUGGAUCAGCUGAAGGCUGAAGUAACCCCAUCUUUGAACUUACCCCGUCUGGACGCGAAGCUGUCGAGCAACAUUCCGGAGAACUGUGGUGCGGGCAACAGCAGCAAUGCUACGCAAUUGGGUGCGCCAUUCGCCAACCAGACAGCAGAAUCCCCACCCGAACUCCUCAGUCUAGGCCCUCUUGCUUUGGUUGAAGCCAAUGUUUCCCUUUCGAUCGAUAUCGCUCUCGAUGUCUCGAUACCAAUCCUUCCACCACCUUUCAAUGCAGUCGGUGUCCAGGAGAACAUUUUCACAGCAGUCUUCCCUCUGCUGUCUGGCUGCGCAGCGCCUGAGAAUGCUUUCGACAACGUCACAGGCGUUAUCGUGCCUCCACCUCCGCCGAUGAUGGUUGAAGCUACAUCCGCGCCCCCGAAGCUGGAAGCCAACAUGACAUCUUUGUUCAGCGCGACCGUAUCUGGAACGCCAAUUGCAGACACUGCAGCGAAGACUACAGCGAGUAUUGCUAGUGAGAUGGCCGCGGCUCCCACUUUGAUGCCAAACGUCACAUUCAUAUUCGCCAGCGACCACCAUGUCUACAACUGUGCUCUUGAACACCACUUCAACGGUAAUGAGCAGCAUGGUGUCUACGACUGCUACCCUGAACACUACCUCCACUGUGGCAAGCAGCACCGCAGACGCGACGUCGCUGUUGAACACUACUUCGACAAUGGCGAGUGA